GAAAACUUCAGUAUAUUUGAAACACGCAAUGCAGAAAAACCUAAGAAUAUGGAAAAACUAUAUGCUGAGCUUGGGGAAGAACUCACCCUUAUAAUAACAUCAGCAUCAUAUGCUAAGCUUAGGGAGGUACACAUCAGUAGAGUCACAUCAGCAUCAUAUGCUAAUCUGGAGAAUAAUAACAACAGCCUUGAGGAACCAAAAGAUGUGCGAAUUAAAAGUGAUGUGAAAGACGAGCAAGGUGACGAUAAUUCCGGGUCCCACGACGAGGAAGGUGACGAUAAUUCCGCGUCCCAGGACGAGCAAGGUGACGAUAAUUCCGGGUCCCAGGACGAGCAAGGUGACGAUAAUUCCGGGUCCCAGGACGAGCAAGGUGACGGUAAUUCCGCGUCCCAGGACGAGCAAGGUGACGAUAAUUCCGGGUCCCAGGACGAGGAAGGUGACGAUAAUUCCGGGUCCCAGGACGAGCAAGGUGACGAUAAUUCCGGGUCCCAGGACGAGGAAGGUGACGAUAAUUCCGCGUCCCAGGACGAGCAAGGUGACGAUAAUUCCGGGUCCCAGGACGAGCAAGGUGACGAUAAUUCCGGGUCCCAGGACGAGCAAGGUGACGAUAAUUCCGGGUCCCAGGACGAGCAAGGUGACGAUAAUUCCGGGUCCCAGGACGAGCAAGGAGCCUCUUGCUACCACGCAAACAUGACUAGUUGGAAACUCUCUCAUCAUUUCGUCUCAUCAAAUCAUUCCCAGCCUCAGCAGAAACAAAUAGGCCGAGUUUCCUUCACCUGA